AUGAAUGUGGAAUUCAAGCUGGCAUUAAAUGCUUAUCUAAAGCAGUUGAUUACCUCUCCCGUGCGAUCCCUAACUGAUGCAAUAGUCUUUAAUAAGAAACACUCAAAGUUGGAAAAGAUAAAAAAGUACGGACAAGAUAUAUUUGAGGCAGCAGAGAAAACCAAUGGCAUUGGCAGAAUGGAAAGACAACUACUGCUUAAUUUAACUAGAGCGUCCAAAAAUGGGUUCGAGAAGUUGAUGAAGGAAAAUAAAUUGGAUGCCUUAGUGACGCCUACUGACAAUAUUGUAUAUGCUAUUUCUGCCGGAGGAUACCCUGGCAUAAAUGUUCCAGCAGGUUAUUACACUAAUGGCACCCCAUAUGGCAUUUCUUUUGGAGGGCUAAAAGGAUCAGAACCAAAACUGAUAGAGAUAGCAUAUGACUUUGAGCAAGCCACAAAGAUCAGGAAGCCACCUCCUCUCUCGAGACUGCAUAUUUAG